UAUUCGACAAUUAAUUUAAAAGAAAAAAGAAAAAAAAGAAAAGAAAAGUGAUUGGUACAAACUAGAAAGCAGCAGAGACAAAAAUCUCACGUGGCUGGGGAUACGGAUAAGCCAACCCAACAAACCCCGGCGACCUCGAUAGUCCACCUCCUUUUCCUCUCCCUUUCUUCUCAGCUCUCUUUCUCCCGUCGAAACACACUUCUUUACAUACACUUCUACUAAUUAAAGCAUAAACAAACAAACAAACAAAAAACGAUGCCAUAACCAACUUCCAAAUGGAGGCUCGGAGGCUUGCCAUUCUCUCUUCCCAUCUUUGCCCCUCCCGAUCUGGCUCCGUUACCGCCCGCUUCUCAGCGGUUUCUGCUUCCGGUUGUUCGUCCGAGAGGCAGUCAGUCCUUGAUUCCAACAAGGAAACCUUUCGAAACGACUGCGUCUUCUGUCAAAUUAUUCGUGGUGAAUCGCCUGCUCUUAAGCUAUAUGAAGAUGACAUGUGCUUGUGUAUAUUGGAUACCAGACCUUUGAGUCGUGGGCACUCUCUUAUUAUCCCAAAGUCUCAUUUUUCUUCCUUGGACACAACUCCACCAUCUGUGGUAGCUGCGAUGUGUUCAAAAGUGCCUUUUAUUGGCAAUGCUAUCAUGAAAGCUACUGAUUCUGAUUCAUUCAACUUGUUGGUUAACAAUGGUGCAGCUGCAGGUCAAGUUAUAUUUCAUACUCAUAUUCACAUAAUCCCUCGUAAAGCGCGUGAUUGCUUGUGGACUUCUGAGAGUUUGCACCGGUGUCACCUAAAGUUAGACCAGGAAACAUCAAGUCUUGCAAAUCGUGUUCGAGAGUUGCUGCUAAACAUAUCCGGAGAGAGCAAGGAUCAAGUGUCGAGUAUGUCUUGAAAUUUGUGGGAUCACCGAUCUGUUGUAAUUUAUAUGUGGCACAUAACUUUACCUUUACCAUACAAGUAGAUAGUUCAUUCUUUCAAGAAUCUCAUAGGACCUGCAUAUUGUUGCUGUACUUAUGAUGGAAAAAUUUUGGACUGCUUGUUCUUUUAAGCAGGGAAAGUUUCAAGCUGCAUGAUAGAAAAAGAAUAAAAGGUGUGUGUUAAAUGGUGGCCAUCUCUUUGGUCAGUGUUUGCUGGCCAUUAUCUCAUUCUUGCUUGUUCAAGAAACGCAAGAACGACAAAAAAUUCCCAAUAGCGAUCAAUGCUUUGAUUCUCUGUGUGAUGCUGGCUUUGAGUGAACCCCUCGCAGCUUCAUACGAAGUUUUCUCGGAUUGUUUGGAAGAAUCUGUUCACAAUCAUUUCCGUUAUGGAAAGCCUUUCCCUGUAAAUCCAACAGGGGUUAUGUGUGUGUGUGUGUGUCUAUAUAUAUAUAUAUAUAUAUAUAUAUGGAUUGAUAUAUUGAAUCUUGAGUUUUUUUGUACUGUAGAUGAUUGAUGAUGAUGAUGGCUAUUUUAUUUUUAUUUUUUAUUUUAUGCUUGUGUAGUUGUGUAUUGUAUCUGCUUCAUGGUUUGUCUGACCCUUCCCCCUAUGAUUGUCUGAUUCAACGAACCUCAUCCGUUAUUUCCAAAUGUAGUUAUUAGAAGUAAGAAAGUAAAGCUUAUCAAAAUGGAAUAAGAUGCCCUCUUAUGAUUGUUGUAUUCUAAUUAUAAUUUUCUCAGCAAGGAUUUUCAAGAAAUUAACAUUGUUGUUUAUGCAAUUAUACGUAUGCACCAUGACGUUGUUCCUCAUCUGAACA